AUGUCUUACUCCUGGGGAAUAAUAAUCUUCGCCGCCAUUUUCGGCAUCACAUCGGCAGCGCCGUCAUUACUGCCUCGUCAGGCUGCAACAACACAAUUGACAUUUACCGGUGCGGGGGCUUCCUUCAGCGUAACUGCACCUGUGGACGGGAGUGCAGUUACACUGAACAACACCCUGGCCGUCGAUUUCAUUGCUCAAGCAGGAACCGCGAGCUGUUCAUUCGAAGGCGUCGAUGGAGUAAAGCUUACCGUGCUCGGAGCCAACUCAGGUGCUACCAUCGCACCGCCCCAGACGAUCGUGCGUGCAAGCUGCCAAUAA